AUGAUUGCCUCUAACCCCCUCAAUCUGGACCGCGAGGACCCCCAUGAACCAUCCAACGUUGAGCACGCAGUCUUCACUCUACUGGUAACAUAUCUCCCCGAAACCUCCUCCAUCACUCCAAGCCAAGCAGCAGAACAGGCCAAUGCUCUAUUCCCUUCUCGCCGCCCGGGACUAAAAGAAGAAGAACAGUCAACGGUCCAUUUUCUAUUUGAGUUCUGGGAGUUAAUGUUCCGUGUCGCUCCACAGUUGGAUUACCAACAUGAGCCAAUGCAACGCUUCGUUGCUCUCGUCAAAGCGCUCAAAAACUUGCCUCGGACGAUUAUUACUCGGGAUGAGAGCAUUUACGAUAGUUUCUCUGUAUGGCGUGGGCUUUAUUUUGGACCGAUGCUGCAUGAACGGUGGAAUCAAAUACCUGAAAACAAACCCCCGGAGGAUCUCUACGCCUUCCGCUGGCGAAAUAUGAACGGCCUCCUAGCUCACUUCACCAACCACAAUAUAUGCACCAACGACUUCCAUGCCCUUGCUUGCAUAACAAAUGCCCUUGAGAUAUUUCGGAGAAAGAAACCCACAACCCCGAUAAACCAUCGUGUACCCGCUGCUGCCAUCUGGUUUGUUCUUUGCCCAUCGGUGAUCUACCUAGCUUGCCAGCGGCAGGAAUGUUCGGAUCGCGAGUUGUCUGGGAAACUUUGGAAGGGCGAGCCGCAGCAGGGGUACUCAAUUGCUCGAUGGAACUUUUGGAGGAGGAGGUUUGCGGAGUUGGAAUGUCAUUCAGAUGCUACAGAGGAAACAGGGGAGGCUUGCAGAGCUGCCAUGAAGGCGAUGGAUAGUUGUGCUAGUGGCGUUGAAUGA